CUUGCGGUAAAGAAGUGAAAGUAAAAGUAAAAACCUGAGAAGUGCUGACACUCCGCUUGACUUCUGAGGGCUUUAGUUGAAGGUUUUAAUCCCCGUGUUCACCCUCAGCUCUGCUCUCUGAGAACAUGCUGCACACCUUGAAGCCCUGUGAGAUUCAGACUGGAGGAUUCUGCUUCGAGAACACCCGCAGGAAUGCAGUUCUGGAGUCCAGCUUGUCAGAGUCCGGAUACAAAGCUCCAGGGGCCAGAAAGACCGGGACCACCAUAGCUGGGAUAGUUUUCAAGGAUGGAGUGAUCCUGGGAGCUGACACCCGGGCUACAGACGACAUGGUGGUGGCAGAUAAAAACUGCAUGAAGAUCCACUACAUCGCUCCUAACAUCUACUGCUGUGGAGCCGGCGUCGCUGCAGACGCUGACGUCACCACGCAGAUCAUGUCUUCCAACGUGGAGCUGCACAUGCUCAACACCGGGCGACCUGCACUCGUCACCAUGGUGACCCGGCAGCUGAAACAGAUGCUGUUCAGGUACCAGGGUCAACUCGGUGCCUCUCUGAUCGUUGGAGGAGUGGAUGUGACGGGACCUCAGCUGUACAGCGUUUACCCCCACGGCUCCUACGACAAACUGCCUUUCCUCACCAUGGGAUCUGGAGCUGCGGCUGCUGUCUCUGUGUUUGAAGACAGAUUCAAACCCAACAUGGAGCUGGAGGAGGCGAAGCAGCUCGUACGAGAAGCCAUCACUGCGGGGAUCUUCUGUGACCUGGGGUCAGGAAGCAACGUGGACCUGUGCAUCAUCACUGAGGCCGGAGUGGAGAUGCUGCGAGGAUACGACAAGCCCGCCAUGAAGGGCAAACGAGAGGGACAGUACAGAUAUAAGCCUGGCACCACGGCGGUCUUGACCAAAACUGUGACCCCCUUCCCUCUGGUCGUGGUCGACGAGUCUGUUCAGAUCAUGGACCCUGAAUAAAAAUGCAAUAAAAAAAAAAAGUAUCCUCGUGGACCAAAACCUUUUAAAUAUGUUGUAGCCUAAUUCAUCAAUGUACUAAAUAAAAAAUAAAAUGGUGUGGUGAAUGGA